CGACGCGUUUUGCGCACUUCCUGCUCCGGCCGUCAGGCGCACGGGAGGGACAGAGAGAGAGAGAGAGAGAGGGAGAGAGAGAGAGGGGAAAGGGGAGGAAUGCUGCAGGAAAAAUCAGUACAGAUCUGGUGUAUCCACUGAACAGACAAGCGGCUCAAAUGCCGCGGAGAAUUCCUCACGCCCAUAAAACGCGAUCGAGACAAGCAGACGGCGAGCCCCAGCUGCUCGGGAAGAAAGAAGAUCCCUGAAUGGCCAGCUUGGGUUAAUCUUUUUUUCUCUCUUGAUGGAAGAGGACUAGCUGGAAUGCACCGCUGCUGCUGCUGCUGAAGACCUUCACGUUUCAUUCGGGGCCGUUUCCUCUGAGAUCAAGAUCUCCGCCAGUUUAUGUUGACAUGGUUUGCCUGCUUUAAGCAUCGCCCUGAUUCCAGCUUGUUAUCGCUUGGAGAAGAAAACUCCACCGAGAUUCUGUUCAGAGAGAGAGAACAGACCCAUAGAGGAGAGGGGAUUCGUUUGUUUACGCGCGUUCACGAUCGUAAACAAAAGCAGGAGAAUCAAAGUCCUUGCUUUUCCUGCUUGUUCCUUUUGCGCUCGUAGCCUGCAUUCAUUUUCAGAGAGCCUGGGUUGCUGGACGUCAGGAAAAAAACUCAGUAUUUUUAAAAAUCAAAGCAACAUCCAGUAAAACUGAUCCUUACUAAUGACGUGAUGGUAACUACAUGCAAAACAUUUCCGCUGGAUUAAAGUUUGACACUGUAAAGGUAAGCAGUUGCCUGUUCUCACAUCAUCAUGGUUGUUUUCAACGGCUUGCUGAAGAUAAAAGUCUGCAAAGCUCUGGACCUGAAGCCCACACCAUGGUCACUGCGCCAUGCCGUGGGCCCCAAGACCCAGACCUUCUUGCUGGACACAUAUAUUGCCCUCAACGUGGAUGAUUCACGUGUGGGCCAGACCUCCACCAGGCAGAAGACCAACAGCCCGGCAUGGAACGAUGAGUUUGUCACAGAGGUAUAUGAUGGAAAGAAGAUCGAACUCUCAGUUUUUCAUGACUCCCCGAUCGGCUAUGAUGACUUCGUGGCCAACUGCACCAUCCAGUUUGAAGAUUUGCUGCAGAAUGGCAGUAGGCACUUCGAGGACUGGAUUGACCUGGAGCCUGAGGGCAAAGUCUACGUCAUCAUUGACUUGUCAGGAUCCUCCAGUGAAGCUGCUGCAUCUGGGGAAAAUGAAGAACGAGUGUUCCGUGAGCGCAUGCGACCCCGCAAACGUCAGGGGGCAGUACGCAGACGUGUCCAUCAGGUGAACGGACACAAGUUUAUGGCCACUUACCUGAGACAGCCCACCUACUGCUCCCACUGUCGUGACUUCAUCUGGGGUGUAUUAGGAAAACAGGGAUACCAGUGUCAAGUUUGUACCUGUGUAGUCCAUAAAAGAUGCCAUGAGCUCAUCAUCACAAAGUGUCCCGGGCUAAAGAAGCAGGAUGACACUCCAGAGGAGGUUGGCUCUCAGCGCUUCAGUGUAAACAUGCCUCACAAAUUCAGUAUCCACAAUUAUAAAGUACCAACCUUCUGCGACCACUGCGGCUCUUUACUCUGGGGGCUGAUGCGACAAGGGCUGCAGUGCAAAGUUUGUAAAAUGAAUGUUCACCGGCGUUGUGAGACUAAUGUAGCUCCUAACUGUGGGGUGGAUGCAAGAGGAAUCGCGAAGGUUUUGUCUGAUCUCGGAGUGACACCAGAUAAGAUCUCUAACAGCACCCAGCGCAGGAAAAAGUUGACUCCGGGCCAGGACGCCCAGCCAGCCACCACAGAGCCAACCUCAUCAGAAGAAUCUGAUCGCUGCAAAUCAGCUCCAACGUCACCUUGUGAACAGGAGCUGGCCGAGCUUGAAAGCAUACGUAAGGCUUUGUCAUUCGGUCAAGAGCACAAGUCUUCCUCGUCCUCUUCUUCCGUAGCCACUGGGCUCCAGGAUACAGUGAAUGAGGGCCAUGAGAAUGGAGACGUGAAGAGUGUUCAGUCGAAGAGGAUGAGCCUUGAUCACUUUUCCUUUAUCAAAGUGCUGGGCAAAGGCAGCUUUGGGAAGGUGAUGCUAGCUGAACUGAGAGGCACAGAUGAGGUGUAUGCUGUGAAGGUGUUGAAGAAAGAUGUCAUCCUGCAGGACGAUGAUGUCGACUGCACUCUGACUGAGAAACGCAUCCUCGCUCUGGCCAGAAAACACCCCUACCUGACCCAGCUUUUCUGCUGCUUCCAGACCAAGGAUCGGUUAUUCUUUGUUAUGGAAUAUGUGAACGGGGGAGACCUGAUGUUCCAGAUCCAGCGCUCACGGAAGUUUGAUGAGGCCCGUUCACGUUUUUAUGCUGCUGAAGUCACGUCUGCCCUCAUGUUUCUGCAUCAAAAUGGAGUCAUCUAUAGAGACCUGAAGCUCGAUAACAUUCUGCUGGAUGCCGAAGGUCACUGCAAGCUGGCGGACUUUGGCAUGUGUAAAGAGGGAAUCCUGAAUGGUGUCACCACCACCACCUUCUGUGGCACUCCAGACUACAUUGCCCCUGAGAUCCUUCAAGAGUUGGAGUAUGGUCCAUCAGUGGACUGGUGGGCUCUGGGCGUGCUGAUGUACGAGAUGAUGGCAGGUCAGCCACCAUUCGAGGCCGAUAAUGAGGAUGAUCUAUUCGAAUCUAUUCUCCAUGACGAUGUACUCUACCCUGUCUGGCUCAGCAAAGAGGCAGUCAGCAUCCUCAAAGCAUUUAUGACGAAGAGCCCAAAUAAGAGGCUGGGCUGUGUGGUGUCUCAGGGGCUGGAGGAGGCCAUUAAAGUUCAUCCCUUUUUCCGGGAGAUAGACUGGGUUCUGCUGGAGCAGCGGAAGAUCAAACCGCCAUUUAAACCACGUAUUAAAACCAAGAGGGACGUUAACAACUUUGACCAGGAUUUUACACGUGAGGACCCCAUCCUUACCCCUGUGGAUGAUGCCAUUAUAAAGCAGAUCAACCAGGAGGAGUUCAAGGGUUUCUCCUAUUUUGGAGAAGAGGCACUGUCUUAAAUGUCAGCCUCUCAGCACCUGUUCAGACACACAUACAACAACAUUCUCUCUCACACACAUACACAUGCACACACACACAUACAGACACAUAAACACACACACAAGUGGUGACAAAUGUGGACAGAAAUGCUGAUAUUGGGGUUAAGGCAAGAGGUCCGGGUGUACGUCUGAAGCUACUACUGCUUUUGUUCUUUUCCACCUCCAAUCGCUUCCUCUUGCCUUCUUUCACUUCAGCUCUUUUUUUUUCAUCCCUUGCCUCUCCAGCCUCACAGAUGCUCCGUUAAUAUAAAGCUACUUCCCAAACUGCUCAAGAGUGUCUGCUUUUGGAGAGGAGGGGCGGGAUUGCACUAUGUCGAACCAAAUUUGAUUAUACCAAUGAUUGUAGUAACGUUAGCAAUCAGAUAGAAAUGAAGAAAAAACAAUGACAAUGAUGUCCAAAAAGGAAGAAUAUUAUCCUGCAUAAAUGACAAUGAAAUGUGUUGUGUUGUGCAGUCUAAUUCCUUUGUGUAUUCAGGUGAACAUUUUGGGAGCAAUUUUAUUUAUAAUAACGUUACUAUACAGUAUAUUUCUUGAUAGUGUUAUGAAGGCCUGCUGUAUGUGGGUUGUGUUGAACCGAAGUGUUGACUGGUCGGUCCGUGCCCGUGUGCAUGUGUUUGCAUGAGCGAGUGCACAUGCCAUCUUUAAAUCUCUUUAUUUUGGUUGUUGUGUUUUUUUUCUCACACAUUCAUUCUCUUUUCCUGGCUGCUAUGUGUGUUUAGUGACCUGCCACUAUGCAACAGCAGACAUAGAGGCCAGUGCCCGUAGCCGUCUUGCCCUUUGUACAGAGCGUAAUGUACAUACUAUCUGCUCCAAAGCCUGUGAACGCUUCAAAUAGAGUAGUCAACUGUUGCAUGGUCUGGCAAAUGAAGCUAUUAUUUGAGUUGUACUAUGUACUAAAUGUAUGGAGAGAAAAAACAAGUUUCUGAUAUUCAUGUGCAAUACACUGAACAUACUUUUCAGUUAUUAUUCUUAUUCUUUUGCUGUUGUUUGUUCUUCGUUUGUGUUGUCGCUUUCCUGUCCAUCAGCCUUGCUGAUAUUAAAUGGAGAAGAGUGUUCGAUGGGUCAGAAGCCUGGCUGAACAGCAGGAUGUUGAUGUUGAAUUAAUGAGGAGGGUCUCUCUCUCGCUCUCUCUCUCUCUCUCUCUCGCUCUCCCUCUCUCUCUCUCUCUCUCUCUCUCUCGCACUCUCUCUCUCUCCAGAUCUCUACUCAUGUACAUAAAGCAUAAACUGUGGAAUGUAGCUUAAAAAAAUGUGUGCGUGCUCAUAAUUUAUUUUAUAUCGUACACAUAGUGACCCUCUUGUGUCAAUAAGCAGGUCAUUUCCUGCUUACGCAUGUUUCAGAUGACUAAGCCUUGUUAUUACACAGCUCCAUGAUUCUUACAGAAGGUUUUCCCUGUCUAUCUUAUACAUUUAAUAGUGAAGUCAGUUAUUUAUAAAAUGUGAACAAACAUGACAGAGAGGUCAAUAAGAGAAACAGGGUACAUUUCAGGCGCACUAAUUAAACCUUACUGGAAUGUGACAACUUUGCUUGAACAACUCAGUGGCAAUUUGACAAAUCUUUAGAGUUUUGUUUCCAAAGGCGUUCUUUUUGAUCAUUCAUCACUUCUAGUUUUUUUCCCUUAGUCUUAAGUGUUUAUUCUUUGAAACUGCAUUGUAUUUAACUGUUUGUCGCUCCUUCUUUCUGUCACAUCCCAAACGUUCUCUCUGCUCUGCUUUGUUCUUUCCACUUUCUUUUCUACUGUAAAUGAAUGAAUUUGCUAUUUAGGAAUCCACAAUGGUCUGUCUUCUAAGUAAAUAAAAAGAAAUAGCUAAAAUAUUACCUCUUAAAUUAAGUACAAAGGUUUGUCUGGCUGAAUAUUAAAUAUUUGUGCAUACAGUAUUACAAUACAUAAGCAUUUCAUAAUGUAUGAUAGUGCUGUAUGUAUUAUAUACAUCUUGUAUUAGAUUUUAGUUUGUUUGGUGAAACUUUGUGUGAACAGAGAAUUCUCUCUCUCUUUUUUUCCUGGAUACACUAUCUCUCUCUCUCUCUCUCUCUCUCUCUCUCUCAGUGUAAGCAUUUUAUUAUGUGCCAAACGUACUGUAAUCUAAAGGAUGUGAAUGUGUUUGGUUUUUCUUUUUGAUCCUAUUAAAUACUAUGAUGUCAAACCCUGA